AUGUUCUUCUGCAUCUCCGCAGUACUCGUUUCCUCCACAUUCGUCUUCCUCUUCUUCAUCAGAUCCUCGUCCCCUCCCCGGCCCAGAUCUCCCCUCCCCCUCCACCGCCGGCUCCUCCAGUCGAUACCAGUGAAUUUGUCCCGUGAUCCGCCGCCGUCUCCGCCUCCGUGUGACUCGAUCCCCCUGGUGUCCGCUGGCCAGCGCAACUCUUCUUACUCCCGCUGCCAUGGAGAUUCCAACAACAUCUUCGACUACGCCUCGCUCCACUUCAAUCUCUUAUCUGAGAAAUCGUUCCUCUCUGUGCCUUUGCUCUCCCUCGUGCUCGUUUUUCACUUCUACUUUCUCGUCAAGGCCGCGGGGGAUCACUUCUCGCCGGUCGUUUCCAAGCUCGCCCGGCAUCUCAACCUCUCCCCUAGUAUGGGUGCCGUCACACUUCUCGCCCUCGGCAAUGGCGCCCCGGAUGUGUUCUCAUCGCUGGCCGCAGUCCGCGGCGGCCACGCGAGGACCGGCCUUGGGGCGAUCCUCUCGGCGGGGGCCUUUGUCUCUGCACUCGUCGUAGGUUUCGUGGCCAUAUACGCCGCGCCCUUCUCCGUGAACCCGGCGCCGUUCAUACGCGACGUCUUCUUCUAUCUGGUUGCGGCGUCAGGCCUCUUCUAUGUGUACCUCAGUGCCGAGAUCUACUUGUGGCAGGCUGUGGGGUUCGUGCUGUUUUACGUGUUCUUCGUCUGGUUCGUAUUCCGGAUGGAUUCUGCCGUGGAAGAAGGGAAAGGGGCGGGAAGAAAUAGAGGCAGCGGAGGGCGGGGCGGCGGUGGUGAUGACGAGCCAGAGGUUGAGAUGGGUAUAAAGGGGGAGACUCUGAAGAAGCCUCCAGAGUCGUCGAACUGGGAUAGGGAAGCCAGAGAAACAUUAGAAGAUGCAGAUACAUCUAAACCUGGCGCAUUUUGUGGCCUCCUUCGGAAGGUAACUCUAGAAUUUCCUUUUUUUUUUGAGUAUUUGUUUCCUCUUAGUGAUAAUCGUUGGAAGGGCCCUAGACAAGCUUCGGAUUUCUGGCUCUGCUGAGUGGAUCAAUCACUGGAUUUUUCUUGUAAAUGAAAUCCUCGCUUUGUAAUCCCGAGGAUACGAUUUAAAUUCCUGAACUGGAUGAUGAACUGUGGUCAUCCGCCAUAUCAACCAGCACGUGGUUUUUCGCAUUGGCUGGAUGAUGAACCAUGGGAAUGGCUUAUUGGCUUCAGCAAAGCUGAAAAUCUGUGAUUUGUCGAUUCACCUUAAUUCUCUACGUACUAAUCAUGUUUUCGUGAACCAUGCCAUUAGAUGAGAGAAGUGAUCUUACAGCUGGUGGUCAUUGCUGCGUGAAAAGCUAUCCUGUUCAGUAGAUUCUUCAGUUUCAGGUCAUUAAAAGAAACAAUUUGUGUGUGUUCAUCCCAUAAACUUUAGAUUCGUCCAGACACUAAUCCAGGGGUGCCCAAAACAAUUCAUGUUUUCAAACGGUCACACAUCAACAUGAUAUUCACUUCCUUCCAUGCAGAAUCCUCGUGAUCAUCUGCAUUGAAAUAUUGUUUUUUUAUCCCAGCUGUGGACAGCUGAUCUGUGUAGCGUGUACAGAGUUUCAAAUCAGCGUUUAGCGCCGAUGGCAUGGAUUUGAGGAUCUAAAAGUGUUCCCACCCCCCAGUAUAAAGCUUGGUUUAUAAGGCUUGAAUUUCUUUUUGGAUCGACAAAAUUCAGAUCUAGUCAUAAGAAUUCUGUCAAAAAUUUCCAGAUAAAAGCUGUUUUUUCAAAGAUUUUGGAUCUGGCGGUGAUUGCCUGUGUGCCCCCAUUACCAGUUGGUUUAAAUCUUUUGGCGGGCACCUGACCAUGGAAAAAUAUUUUAUUAUUUUUUUGCAAGAAUGAGCAUCAUGCUAAAUCUUCCAUGGGCAUCGUGGAGGAAUCAUAAAAGAUCAUCCCUAGUCUAAAUUUUUGGGGGGAAAAGUAUUCCGAAUCCCAUCAGUUUCCCUCUUUGAUUAAUCCAGUUUCAUGAACUAGCAUCAUCUGCUUCGGAGCUAUGCUUAUUAUCAGCUUCUGCUGCCAGGUUAUACCUUCCAGGAAACCUUUGUGUGUCUCAACAUGUUCUUCAUCCAACCCGCCUCCUGACUGUAUCCACUUCUGCAUCUCAAAGUCAACCCUUUGCCUUUGUUUUAUGUCAACUACCCUUGGAGAGCGAAGAACGUCAAGGGAUCCUACUUCUCCCGAGAUAAAUGCUCCUACAUGUGUGAAUGCUGGCUCAUUACAGACCAUGAGGCAAAUGUACAUCGAAUCGUUGACCAGUUGCUGGUGUCAGGAUAGAUCCCAUUUCUUGGGAGAUCCCAUGCCACCUUGGGUAGUUUUUUCUGUGAGGAAGCCAUAGAACCUUGUUAUUCUGAGAUAUUUUUGCAAUGAGGAUAUCUUUACCCACAGCCAGCCAGACCCGCUUGAGCAGAAAGCAAGGAUCUUAUAGUCAGUGACGAUCAUCGAUGAAGGUUUGUGCUUGUCGCUGCUAAAAAAUCCAGGCUCCGAAUCAUUCUUUUUCCUCACACUGAUUGCUUCUCUUGAAGAUCCAUGGUGAUUAUCUCGGAAGAUAUUCACAUCACGAAGAGAGUAGUGUGAUUUUUAUUUUAUUUUUUCCGUUCAGCAAUGUUUGGUGCAUCUGAUUCAUCAUCCUCCCCACUUGAUUUAGAUGUCUCAUCUCUCCCGCUCUGUUCUUCUUUAAAUUGCAGGUGGCCAUGGCGUGGGAGUUCCCCGUCUCGGUUCUUCUGAGACUCACCAUCCCCUGCACAUCCCCCGCCGACUGGAGCAGAUUCUACUCCUCCGCCAACUUCGCCUUCUGCCCGCUUGCCAUCCUCCUCUCCUUCCGCUCCGUCCUCCCGCCGGCCUCCUCCUUCCCGAUCUGGUCGGUCGCCGUCGCCGCUGGCCUCCUCCUCGCCGCCGCCGCCGCCCGCUACGCCCUCCAGAAGGAUCCUCCGCCGACGCCGGCGGAGGAACGGAUCGCCGCCGUCCUCCUCGCCUUCCUCAUGAGCGUCCUCUGGAUAUCCACCAUCGCCGGCGAACUCCUCGGCUGCCUCUCCGCCCUGGGGCGCCUCCUCGGCCUCCCGCCGGCGCUGCUAGGCCUCACCGUGCUCGCCUGGGGGAACUCCGUCGGCGAUCUGGUGGCGGACGUUGCGGUGGCGCGGGCGGGGCAGCCAGCGAUGGCCGUGGCGGGAUGCUUCGCCGGCCCCAUGUUCAACAUGCUGGUCGGCCUGGGGGCGGCGCUGGUCGUCUCCUCCGCCGCCGUCUACCCCGAGCCCUACGAGCUCCGUUUCCACGUCAGCAUCGUCGUCGCCUUCGUCUUCCUCCUCCUCAGCCUGAUGGGCUCCCUGCUGGUCGUCACCUGGUGGCGCUUCCGCGUGCCCCGCUUCUGGGGCUUCUGCCUCGUCGGCCUUUACGCCCUCUUCACCGCCGUCAGCCUCGCCGUCUCCGCCCUCUUCUCGUGA